UAGGAGGGCCCUGCAUUUGGGCUAAUUCUCUACUCUUACCAUCUUGCCGUUCUUAAGUUUUAAAUAAGGAAGCUCCCAUUUUCAUUUUUCAUUGGCCUUAAAAAUUAAGUAGCCAAUCAUAAUGAUAUUUAAGGUAUUUGACUCAGGUAGUGGCAGUAGAACGGGAAAGUAAUUUAAUAGAUUCAGAAUACAUUUUGGAGGUAGUAAACAUUGGCAUGUACUGGUAAUUAAUGUGGGAAUGUAGAAAAAGAUGUUAAGAAUGACUUGGGAAUUUUUUUUUUAAAGAUCUUAUUUUCAAGUAAUCUCUGCACCCAACAUGGGCUGAAGCUCACACCUCUGAGAUCAAGAAUUGCAUGCUCUACACACCCAGGUGCCCUGACUUGGGAAUUUUUGAGUCAGUGGUUGCUGAGGCUGGGAGUAGGAGCAAGAAUUGAUAGCAGACAGGAUUAGGGCCUUUGGGGGUGAUGGGAAUAUACUAAAACUGGAUUGUGAUGUUGGUUGCAUAACUAUAAAUUACUGAAAAUCAUUGUCUAGAUGAUCUAGAUGUCUAGAUGAACGCUAUGGUAAAUAUAAAGCUGUUAAAAUAUUAACAGAUUGAGAUGCCUGUGGUUAUGUCAAGGAGUGCUGUUAUUAUUCCCAUUUUACAGAUAAACAAACUGAAAGAGAAGUGAAAAAUAAGAGCUUCAUGGUUAUAUAGUUACUAAGUGUAAUAUCCAGUAUUGGAACUCAAGUCUUUUUGACACUAAGGCUUCACUCUUGACAACUAUAACAUAAUCACUUUCUAUUUUAAAAUUAUUUUUGUUGUAUCUCACUGAUCAGAGGCUCUCUUGAAAUUAUAGGACAGAAAGGAAAGAGGAAAGAGACUGGAAAAUUGUGUUGACCCUUUAACACUGGUGCUUUCAUUUCCCCCUUAAUAUAGGUGGCACAGCAAGGCAUCCUGUGUUUUGUUUUUUUUUUUCUUGCGUGAGUUGUAUUACCACACCUUAUUUGGCUCUUUAGCAAGUUAUUCAAGUCAUUAGGUUACCAAAUAGUUUCAUUAGACCCAUUGGUAGCUUGAAAGAGUGACUGUAUCUUCCAAAAAUGCUUACUUCUAGGGAAAGUGGAUGCAUAUAAUUGACCAUAUAUAAUCCUUGGUGCAUUUCAUGAUUAGUAGGCCAUUGGCAUGAAGAUUGCUAUAUAUAUUUUUUAAUGUUUAUUUUUGAGACAGAGAGAGACAGAGCAUGAAUGGGGGAGGGUCAGAGAGAGAGGGAGACACAGAAUCUGAAGCAGGCUCCAGGCUCUGAGCUGUCAGCACAGAGCCCGACACGGGGCUUGAACUCACGGACCAUGAGAUCAUGACCUGAGCUGGAGUCGGACGCUUAACCGACUGAGCCACCCAGGUGCCCCGAAGAUUGCUAUAUUAAUAAGCAUUAAAUGUAGAGAGAUUUGGUCAAAAGGUACAAACUUUCACUUAAAGAUGAAUAUGUUCUAGGACUCUAGUAUACAGAAAGGUGACUCUAGUUAACAGUACUGUAGUAUAUUCUUGAAAUUUGCUGACAGAGGAUAUCUUAAUCAUUCUCACCACAUAUGUGGACACACACAUGUACAACGGUAACAAACUGGGGUAAUGGAUAUGUUAACUAUAUUGUGCUAAUUAUUUCACAAUAUAGUAAAUUAUGUUUACACCUUAAACUUAUGCAAUUAUAUUCAUCAAUUAUACUUUAAUAAAGCGGGGGGGGGGCGGAGGGGGAAGCAUUUAAGUGCCUACUGUGCUAGGUGCCAGGGAUAUAAAUGAUCAUCAAAACAGGCAUAGUCUCUGACCUCCUACAGCUUCUUCUGUAGUGGAAGAAGCAGACAUUAUACUUAAACAAAACAUAAUUCUAAAAUAUUAAAUUGUGCUAGACUCAACAAAGGAAAUAUAAGGUGCUCUUAGAGCACAUAACAAAGAAUCCUGGUUUUAACUGGGGUCUAAUGGAAGACCUCUAUCGUGAAAUAACAUUUAAAGUGAGUCCUGAAAGAGUUGUAGAAACUAGCGAAGCAAAGGGAGGGAAGGGUAAGCAGCUUUCCUAAGAGAGGAAUAGUCUUUCUAAAAGCCUUGGGGCACAAAAAAGCUUGGCUGAUGACUAUAUUAUAUAAUGGAGUAUUUAGAGAAGGAGAAGGCAUGAGAAUUUGGAUACUGUGCAAAGGAUUUGGAAUUUUAUUUCAAGAGUAGUGAGAUGCUACUGAGGAGUUUUCAGCUGGAUAAUUGUAUCAUCUAAUUAAAAUUGUAAGAAGAUCUUUUGGCCACUGUGGAGCAUGGAUCCAAGAGGAUUCUGCUGUCUUCUGAAGAAAUCUUAAGAAUUAACUAUGGGCCUUAUUAUAAAUGGGAAAACCAUUUCAACUUUUAAAAACCAGUUUUCAAAAGCCAUGUUGUAAUUAAGUGAUUGUGAAUGAGAAAAACGAUUGGUAAAUCAGUCUAUCUCUGAAGAAACUGCAAAUCAGUGUUUCUCAAACCCUAAGGCACAUUCAAAUCACACAGGUAUUUUGUUAAAUUAUAAUUUAGUCAAGCUAGAGAAUUUCUGCGUUUCCGCAUUUCUAACAAGCUCCUAGGUGAUGCCUAUGCCAUUGGUUCUUGGCUUAUACUUGAGUAGCAAGUGACUAGGCCAUAUUCUGUCUUCUAAAUAUAUUCUAUGGAAUAUAUUCUGUCUUUGAAUGCCUGUCAACCUUAUUAGUGGUCUGGUCUGUUGUCAAACUAUUUAAAACUAAGGGUUUUUUUUAAAAUUUUUUUUAAUGUUUAUUUAUUUUUGAGAAAGAGAGAGACAGAGCAUGAACAGGGGAGGGUCAGAGAGAGGGAGACACAGAAUCCGAAACAGGCUCCAGGCUCUGAGCUGUCAGCACAGAGCCCGACGUGGGGCUCGAACUCACGGACCAUGAGACCAUGACCUGAGCUGAAGUCGGAUGCUUAUUGGAUGCUUAACCGACCAAGCCACCCAGGCGCCCCUAAAACUAAGGGUUUUAAGAGAGAAAGUUUUGAGGACAUGGAGAAUCAGGUCAAAUAUGGUUUUUAUCUCUUCAGUAAAUACCCUCUAUACUGUAUACUUCUUAUCUACCUAUCUAAUAUGUCUGCCUAUCCCUUUCAGGGUUCAGUUACACUUCAGAAAGGUCUAUAUGCACUCAAAGUGAUGUCCAAGACAAGUAUACAGAAACAGUAUGAGGCUCUAAAACUUGGCAUCUCGUAUUUAAUGGGGUAAUUUGGAUCAGUAAUUUGGGCUUACUCUAUGCCAGACAUUUUACCUGCCAUAUUCAUUUAAUAGGAUGGGAACUCAGAAACACUUUUAGGGUAGUUUCUUGCCCAAGGAUGUGUUAGCUCUGACUUAUUUCAUACCUGACUCUCUUAUUCAUUAUCCUAAUAAGUGCUAUUUGGUUUGUUUCAUGAGUUUUAAUCCUAAAUGUAGAAAACUCUUCAAGGCUCUUUAUUUUUUGGGUUAAAGGCUGUGUAUUUCUCUAAAGAGUUUAUGGAGCGUUGCUGCUAUAUCUUAGUCAUUUUAUAAAGGUCCCAGGUGAUAAACAGGCCUAGAUUUUUUUUCUUUUUGAGGGGGGAAUGGGUAUUAUCCUUCUUUAGCAAUGCAACUUCUCUUUGUGGCAUAUUAAUACAAGAUCUUGGGAAGUGGAUUGACCAUGUAAAAGGAAGCAUUUGAAAUUAUGCUUUAUGAUUGAGAUUAUGUUUGUUAGGAAAGAUGGGGUAGGGAGUUGUCACAUUGCUCCCUGGUUCUUAAGAAAUGAGAACUAAACAACAUCCAGUUUUAAAAAAAAUCUAAAUUUUGAAUUACAUAAAACUGUUAAACCAAAUAGUGGUUCCUAUUGAUUUUCUUUACUGAGAAACAGAGAAUUGUACAGUCUCAUUUGGUAAGAGAGAACGCUGAAAUUAUUAACAUUUCCACAGAAAUGAUAAAUGCUCCUUUACAUAUAGAGUCCAACUGGAUAGGCUCUACGCGGCCCUCCAACAAACCAUAUUUGUGUUUUUCCAGACGGUGUUGUGUCAUUCUGGGUUUGUUUGACCCUCUCUUCUUGCGAUUACAGACAGCGGUUUAAAAAAAAUGUGUAAUAGGCCUUGGUUUGGUUUGAAAACCUACAAAACAGCCAUCUUCAUGGCUCUGCAGUUGGCUUUUCAGGCCAGGGUAGGUUGCCGAUGUACAGAUAACUGCCAAGGCGCUUUGGCCCUAAACUCAGGAAAGAAGCAAAAGGAAAGUGAAGUUCCUGGCGGUAGCGUUUGUCCCGCUCAGAGAGCCCGGCGCUAGCGCAUUCUUCGUGCAGUUAUUGGCUGGGACUCUGCGUGCCGCUGUCGGCCAAUGAAGACGCUGGAGAUCUGGCCCUGGCCCGUCCCCUCUCGGUGCCCCGGGAUGAGGCAGAGACUGAACAGCCGGUGAGCAAAUCAACGGCAUCGAGAAAGCCAUGUCCGACUCCGUGCCUAGCGCUCAAGCGCUAACCCGCUGAAAGUUUCUCAGCGAAAAAGCCGGAAAGAUCUGGACUCCGCUAAGAGGAACUGCCUUUGAGUGAGAUGGUCCCAGAGGCCUGGAGGAGCGGACUGGUAAGCAUCGGGAGAGUAGUGGGAGUUUUGUUUCUGCUUGGUGCCUUGCACGAGGCUUCUGCCAUCGUUCGCUAUGAGAUUCUGGAGGAAAGAGAGAAAGGUUUUGUGGUGGGCAACGUGGUCACGGACCUUGGUUUGGAUCUCAGCAGCCUGUCAGCACGCAGGCUACGGGUGUUGUCUGGAGCUAGCCGAAGAUUCUUUGAGGUGAAUCGGGAGACUGGAGAGAUGUUUGUGAACGACCGCCUGGAUCGGGAGGAGCUUUGUGGGACAGUGCCCUCCUGCACUGUAACUCUGGAGCUGGUGGUGGAGACCCCACUAGAGCUGUUAAGGGCGGAAGUGGUGAUCCAGGAUAUCAAUGACAACAAUCCCACAUUCCCUACCCGGGAAAUGAAAUUGGAGAUUAGCGAGGCCGUGGCGCCAGGCACGCGCUUUCCGCUGGAGAGCGCGCAUGAUCCCGAUGUAGGAAGCAACUCUUUACAAACCUAUGAGCUGAGCCUAAAUGAGUACUUUGCGCUUCGCGUUCAGACGCGAGAGGACGGCACCAAGUACGCGGAGUUGGUGCUGGAGCGCGCCCUUGAUUGGGAGCGAGAGCCAAGUCUCCAGGUGGUGCUGACGGCUUUGGAUGGAGGAACCCCGGCUCGCUCCGCUACCCUUCCCAUUCGCAUCACCGUGCUGGACGCGAAUGACAAUGCACCCGCCUUCAAUCAGUCUUUGUACCGUGCGCGAGUCCUGGAGGAUGCGCCGCCGGGUACUGUCGUGGUGCGAGUUCAUGCAACUGAUCUGGAUGAAGGCCCCAAUGGUGAAAUCAUUUACUCUUUUGGCAGCCACAACCGCGCCGGUGUGCGAGACCUAUUCUCCUUAGACCUUGUAAGUGGGGUGCUGACAAUCAGAGGUCGCCUCGACUUUGAAGACACAAAACUCCAUGAGAUUUACAUACAGGCCAAAGACAAAGGUGCCAAUCCCGAAGGAGCACAUUGCAAAGUUUUGGUAGAGGUUGUGGACGUGAAUGACAAUGCCCCAGAGAUUACAGUCACCUCUGUGUACAGCCCAGUUCCCGAGGAUGCCCCUCUUGGAACUGUCAUUGCUUUGCUCAGUGUGAUUGAUCUGGAUGCUGGGGAGAAUGGAUUGGUGUCUUGCGAGGUGCCACCAGGUCUCCCCUUUAGCCUUACUUCUUCCCUCAAGAAUUACUUUACUUUGAAAACCAGCGCAGCCCUGGAUCGUGAGACUGUCCCAGAAUACAACCUCAGCAUCACUGCUCGAGAUGCUGGAACUCCUUCCCUCUCAGCCCUUACAAUCGUGCAGGUACGAGUGUCUGACAUCAAUGACAACCCUCCACAGUCUUCCCAGUUCUCCUAUGAUGUUUAUGUUGAGGAAAAUAACAUCCCCGGGGUUCCAAUACUAAAUCUAAGUGUCUGGGACCCUGAUGCCCCGCAGAAUGCUCGCCUUUCCUUCUUUCUCUUGGAACAAGAAGCUGAAACUGGGCUAGUGGGCCACUAUUUCACGAUAAAUCGUGACACUGGCAUCGUGUCAUCUGUAGUGCCCCUGGACUAUGAAGAUCGGCGAGAAUUUGAAAUAACAGUUCAUGUCAGCGAUGGGGGCACUCCAGUCCUGACCACCAACAUUAGUGUGAACAUAUUUGUCACUGAUCGCAAUGACAAUGCCCCCCAGGUCUUAUACCCCCGGCCUGGCCGGAGCUCAAUGGAGAUGCUGCCCAGAGGUACCGCUGCUGGCUAUGUGGUCACUCGGGUGGUAGGCUGGGACCCGGAUGCUGGGCACAAUGCCUGGCUCUCCUACAGCCUCUUGGGAGCUUCCAACCAGAGCCUUUUUGCUGUGGGGCUUCACACGGGUCAAGUCAGCACUUCCCGCCCAGUUCAGGACACAGAUGUGCCCAGGCAGACUCUUAUGGUCUUGAUCAAAGACAAUGGGGAGCCAUCACUGUCCACCACGGCAACCCUGACUGUGUCGGUAACCGAGGAAUCUCCUGAAGCCCGGGCUGAAUUCCCCUCUGGCUCUGCCCCUCGGGAGCAGAAUAAAAAUCUCACCUUUUAUCUACUCCUCUCUCUAAUCCUGGUUUCUGUGGGGUUUGCAGUCACAGUAUUGGGAGUGAUCAUAUUCAAAGUUUACAAGUGGAAACAGUCGAGGGAUCUGUACAGAGCACCUGUGAGCUCCCUGUACCGAACACCAGGGUCCUCUCUGCAUGCAGACGCUGUGCGGGGAGGUCUGAUGCCACCGCACCUUUACCAUCAGGUGUACCUCACCACCGAUUCACGCCGCAGUGACCCACUGUUGAAGAAACCUGGUGCUGCCAGCCCACUGGCCAGCCGCCAGAACACACUGCGGAGCUGUGAUCCAGUGUUCUAUAGGCAAGUGUUGGGUGCAGAGAGCUCCCCUCCAGGACAGCAAGCCCCGCCCAACACGGACUGGCGAUUCUCUCAGGCCCAGAGACCUGGCACCAGCGGCUCCCAAAAUGGCGAUGAAACCGGCACUUGGCCCAACAACCAGUUUGACACAGAGAUGCUUCAAGCCAUGAUCUUGGCCUCUGCCAGUGAAGCUGCUGAUGGGGGCUCCACCCUGGGAGGGGGCGCUGGCACCAUGGGCCUGAGUGCCCGCUACGGGCCCCAGUUUACCCUGCAGCACGUGCCGGACUACCGCCAGAACGUCUACAUCCCCGGCAGUAACGCCACACUGACCAACGCGGCUGCCAAGCGAGAUGGCAAGGCCCCCACCGGUGGCAAUGGCAACAAGAAGAAGUCAGGCAAAAAAGAGAAGAAGUAACGUGGAGGCCAGGCCAAGAGCCACGGGGCAACUUCCCUCCCCAACCAGCCCAGCCUCUCCGUAUCUGUACCCAGGCCUCAUAUUUUCAGGGCUCACCCCCAGAUACUGGUAGGGGUCCAGGCCAUGCUCCCUUUGAGAAACAGAAACAAGUGCCCAGUCAACACCCCCCUCUCUGCCCCCAAGGGAUUGAAUAUGCAAAAGGGAGUUCUGCUGGGAACCCCCAUCCAGUCAAUUGCUGUGCCCAUGGGGGUAGUGGGGUUAGUGUAGACACCAUUUAUCACACCCCCUUUAGUUACAGCUGAACUUUGCCAUCUUCCAAAUUCAAUCAGGCCCAUCCACAAUUCCCUGCCUCGCUCCUGUCACCCCACCCCCUCAGCAGCUCCUCUUUCUUGAAUAAGGUGGUUGGGGUGUUGAGGUACCUGGUGACCUAAAAAGGCUCGUAGUUCUGAAGAGUUGGAAGGGCGUCAUAACCUCUUGGCCUCUCCAGUUCUCAGACUGCCCCCAAAGCAUGGUUUGGUGCCCGUCCCUUCAUCUCCUUCCAGAGCCCAAGACCAAGCUCAAGUUUUGGCAGACAUGGUCACCAUUGCCAUGGUACUGACGCUUGCUGGAUUUAGGGAGGGCACUUUGCUACCGUGCCUCUUCCCAGCGCCCUUGGGACCAGUCUUUUGUUCUGUUUUUCAUUGUUUGAUGUUCCCGCUGCAUGCCGUGACUUCCCCCUCUCCAAACAAGAGACUUCAUUGCAUGUUCCAAGACAGUAUGGGGUGGUAAGAUAAAGAAGGGAAGGGUGUGGAUAUAGGGGAUGGACAAAGCUUGACUUGCCAGUUAUCAGGAUCUUGCAGAAGGCUCUGUGUCCCCAGGGUACUGGCCAGAUCCCCAAUUCCAGCCAUAAACCAAGUACCAGGCUGGACUCUUGUUUACCACAUUCAAGGCUUGCUCACUCACCUCAGGCAGUGAGCUUUGGGCUGAGCUAUUAGCACCAAUGGAUUUAAACUGGCAUUAUAGUCAAAGGAAGGUCUGAGGACGUUUGGGACCAGGUCCCCUGGAGAGGUCAGAGGGCCCUCUGUGGGUGCUGGGUACUCCAGAGGUGCCACAGGUAGAAGAAUCAGUGUGGCCCUAGCAGUGAGGGCCAGCUAGGUGGUUCUUGGUCCCUGGGUUGGGGAGGCAUGGAGCUACAGCAGGGACCAGGUGGACAGAAAGUCUUAGCCUAGGAUCCGGGCUUCUCCACAGGGCCCCUGCACUCCUCCAGCCUCUCUUCCUUCAUCUUGCCAGGUGCCAUUUCUUCUCCGUGAAGGCCAAUGCCCAGCCCCCCCCCCCCCCCCCCCCCAGUCUGCUCUCUAGUGGCCAGAGCCUGGUUAAAGUCCCCCAGUGCCUCCUUGUGCAUAGACCUUUCUCUGCCCAUCCCCUUCUGCCCACCCCCUCCCCCAGGCCCGUACCUCCGUACCUCCAGUGGGGCUGCGCAAGAACCCCACCCCAACCCUUACAGUAGUGUAGAGCCCCCUCCCUCUUGCGGCUGGUGUAGAAUAGCCAAUAGUGUAGUGCGGUGUGCUUUUCCGUGAUGGCGGGUGGGCGGAGGGCUCCGCGCAGCCAUCUGUCGUUGAAUCCACCUGCAGCGGCCCGUGCUGUGUUUUGUGCUGUGUCCAUGCGCUGCGGCGACCCCGUCCCCUGUACUGACUCCUAUAAGUGCUUCUCUUCGCAUAGUCAUGUAGCUCCCCACCCACUCCCCUUCCUGUGUCUCACGCAAGUUUUAUACUCUAAUAUUUAUAUGGCUUUUUUUCUUUGAAAAAAAAAAAUUAAAAGGUUUCUUCUGAAAGGUUGAA